AUGAAGUUGCUCAAGAAAGCUUUAGGGCUCACACUUUGCUUAAUUUUUUUAAUAUGGAAUCCAGAAAGAGUAAAGGCAGCAAGGUUUUGGAGACCCAUUUUUGGUACAAAGUAUAAAGCUGAGAAAGAUCUGAGAGAAGAUUUGUCUGGAACAUUGAUCGUAGAUUACUGUUCAGUGUUAACUCCAAAUCAGAUAAAGCUUUCUAAUCUAUUUAUAAUUGUUUCAAAAAAUUUUUCUGUUAAUGGAAUGUCUUUGUUGGAUGCAUGUUAUGUAGUAUAUGUUUUAAGAGAUGGUUAUUUUUCAGCCUGUGCACUUGCCUUGGAGUUAACUAUCAAAGAAGACGACAAAGUAAAAGAUAAUCGAUUAGAAAUUUGUAAGGAAGUAUUAAGAGUAGCUAAGGAUGAUCCAGAUAUCAAAGAUCUGGUUCAUGAAGCUCAUCCUGACAACUUGCACAAUAUUUUGGAGAAAGUAGAGUCAGUUAUUAAAAUGGGAAUGGAAGAUUUGGGAGGUGAGGCUUGCUCUAAAUUAUCUCAAGAAGAAAUCUCAAUAGCAAACGCUCUUGUAAUAAUACUACUAGAAGAAGGGUACAAAAUUAGUAGAACAAGAGCCUGCACAGUUUUGUUAUCUUUAAAAGAAGGUUCUUUGGAAGAUUGUGCUAAGUCUUUAAGGUCAGCAUUAAGAGGGCACAUAGAAUAUACACAAGCUGAAAGGUUCUGUCAAGAAAUGGCAGGAUUUGCGAGCAAGAAGUAUCCUAAUAUCUCUGGCAAACUAAACAAUGGACACAUAUUCCCAAUUGAUGGAGUAAAUUCCAACUUAAAAAAUAAAGUAGAGGCAAACGAAGCUAUUUUGGUUGCUCUUGCGAUUGAUAAUAGGUGCCAUUUAGAUGAGCUUGACGUUAGACAGAUAUUAUUUACAAACUAUCCAUCUACAAACGUAGUAGUUGACAGGAGACAACUCUUUGACAGAUUUCUUAUUUUUUAUAACAGAAAUAAAUCUGGAAAGAUAGCCAAAAGAUGGUUCAAAGAUGGGGUGCUAAACGGAGUUGAAGAGGAAGAAAGUAAUACUCCAUUGGGACCUAAGAUGGAGCUUGUAAAUCUUACAAACCAACAAGCUCUUCAAACACUGUAUUCUACUUAUAGAAGUUUGAUUGGCUCUUUUAAAGAGACUCAGAAAUUUGUACAAGAUAUUCAAUACCAAAGAGGAAGUAUUCCACAAAGUCUGAAACGCCGGUUCUACAUGCAAAUUCAAUUUGUCAAAUAUAUGGAGAAACAUAUUGGAGCUUUGAAGGAAUACAUUGAAUCUGAUAAUACGGAUAUAUAUUCUGCCUCAAAUCUACCCUAUGGUAUUUCGGAUUUGAGAUCCUUUUCAGAAUUAGCUAGAAAGGAUUGGACUCACUCUUUUGUUGAGGAUAAGCCAUAUGAAGAGAUGAAUCGCUUUUCAUUAUUCUGUUCAAUAUUACAUAAAUCUGCAUUUAGACUUGCUUUAUUGGUAGUUGGAGUUUCUCAUAGUAUUUUGGGAAAGACCAAAAUUAAACUUCCAGAUGCAUGUUUGGCAAUAUCCCAAGUAAAAAAUGACAGAGACCAUAAAAAUUCCAUUAAACUGGCAUUAUCAUUGGUAUUUGUAAAUAAUCAGAAGAUUUUAAAUCUUGAUGAGCUGGAAACAUUGUAUAACCUUUUGGUUGCUUCAGUAGAUGAAUCCAUCAAUGAAUUCUUGCUUGGAAUUCCUGAAGAGUUUUUCAACUUUGAUGAUGAAAGAGAUAUUACUGACGAGAAGCUUGAACGUUGGAUAGCAAAAGUUGAGCAUAGACUAACCAAGGUAAUUAUUGAGCCAAAAUCUAUUUUAAACAAUAUUUCUCUAUUUGAUGUUGAUAUGAUUAUGCAAAGUAUAUCUCCAUUGGAAGCUAAACUUCAACUUUUAAUUGGAGUUUCAUUAAGAAGAAUUCACGAAGCUUUGGAGGAUCUAACUGAUAUUGAGCAUGAAAUGAGGAAGCUUACAAAUAAAAUAGAGUUUGCAAGGAUUCAGACUGACAGUAGCAGUGAAAUUACAGAUACUCAAGAAUACAAUCUUUUAAGUAAGAAAAGGGAAGAAAAUCUACAAAAAGUAAUAGAUCUUGGAGUAGAACAUGCUGGUUAUUGUGCAAAAGCUAUUGAUAUAUUUGACAUUUCAGACAGACCAAUAGUUCGAAAGGUUCACCGUAUUAUUGCAAUAAAUACUGAACUCAGAAGAUUGACUAUCAGCUAUUCAAAAGCUCAACAAGAUAAACCCAUUUUUAAAUCCAACAAAGUUUUGCUUAGAACCUCUAUAAUAAACCAUAGAAGAAAUUUAGCUAAGAAAAUGCUUGAGGAGUUAAUCAUAGGAGAGGCUUAUAAUCCAAGUGAUAAUAGGUGGUACACAGACUUAAAUGAUUGUUUCAAUAAUUUCGUUCCGGAUCUCAAACUAUCAUUAAAGUUGGAUCCGAGUCAUAUUGUUGAACGAUCAUCUGGCUUUUCCAAAAUUAACCCAAAGAAGAAGCCACCCAAAUACAAUCUACUUUGUGACAAAAAUCAAUUGAGAAGAUUUAAAAUAUUUCAACCAGAUUUAGAGAAGAUAUUUAAACUUGCAGAAAUUCCAGUUAUAGAUUUCGAAGGGAAUAGACCUUUGAUGGCAGAUAUUUUAACACUAGAAGGAUGGGCUCCUCUUAAGACUACCAUUCAUGAAAAAGAAGAGCCUAAUAUUCCCUGCUCUAUAGCUAAACAGCUAUUUAGAAAAAUUGUUUCUGACAUAUCACAAAGAGCAACAGGAGGGACUUCAUUCUUCAAUAUUCCUCUUGUACACCUAUGGUGUGCUGACCAUAUAAGGUUUAGGAGAGGAAACCAGGCUAUUUGGAGAAACCUAAUCCCUAGGAUUUGGUCUAUUUUUAUAGAAGAGCCUUUAGAUAUAAGCAAACUGAGAUCUAACAAAUGGACGAUUAGCAACUGGUUUAGAUAA